UAUUCAUUUUAAUUUUCUCGCGGGCGCAGAUUGCAAAUGGCCGCAAGUGGACACAACUUGUUCACCUAUCAUGUCAACAAAUAAUGUCGUGCAUUAUCGGAUAAUAAAUGUAACAAUAGUGAUGAUAGUGUCGGUGUAGGGGUGUUUUGUGGCAAUAAAUGCCAUUAGUGUUAAUAAUUAGUUUUGAGUUAUUUUUGCGCGGGAAAAAAAAAAUAUUAGUUUAAGUAAUAAUAUAAUAAUUAUUAUUACACACCUAUAGAGAGUUGUAACGCGUUUGCUGGGUGAUAGCGAUGUCUGGAUACCGCAGAGUUAAUUAUUAUGAGCUGUGUCGACUGUGCACCAGCAGCGAGGGCAAUAAAAUGAACAUAUUCCGCGACGAGGGACGUAGAAGACAGUUGCAGACUAAGAUACAAACUUAUUUACCUGUCCAGGUACUUGAAGAAGACUCGUUGCCAAAGAUAGUGUGUCAUGAAUGUGUCAGAAAGCUGGAGAGCUUCAUUGAGUUUCGCGAGACUGUGGUCAGUGCUGAGGGCAUGCUGGAGUCCUACUUUACGUCUCUGAGAUUCUCUGAGGACUUUCUGAAGGAGGGCAAAGUUUAUGUGAAGAGCACGGAGAAAGAACACCAGUCGCCGGUUCCAGAAGACCCGCUUAAGAUUGAGAAAAUUGUGACAGUUCCAGCGGUGCCGAGCCAGAUUGUUAUAGAGCCGCAGCAAGCUCAGCACCAGCCGGUAGUUGUUAGCAAUCUUAAUGCUUCUAAUAUUCAAAUUAUUAGCGGGGUUCAAGCUAGGGUCCAACAGUACAAGUGUGCCAUGCAGAUGCAACCUGGAGGAGUAGCUGCGGCAGUAGUUGAAGCUACAGCAGAAACUCAUUACAGUUAUCAGCAACAAACCUCCCAAGUGUCUCCACAACAUCAGCCUACCCAUGGAAAUCGGCUUGCUGAUCAGCAGCAAGCCCAGCAUAUUCAAGUUCAAAAUCAAAUAUCAAGCCAAAGUCAAAUUAACCAGCUGCAGAGCACGCGACAGGUACAAGUGACACCCAAUCAGCAGCAGCAACAGCAGCAACAGCAGCAACAGCAACAGCAACAGCAACAGCAGCAACAACAACAACAACAACAACAACAACAACAACAACAACAGCAGCAACAACAACAACAGCAGCAGCAACAACAACAACAACAACAACAACAACAACAACAACAACAACAACCUCAAAAUCAGAACCAGGCUCAACAAAAUCAACAGGCUCCUCAGCCCCAGCAGAUCCAACAGCCUCAGCAGUGUCAAAUGACCCAAAUGCAAAUUCGUGAAUUUGAGAAGAGACUGCAAAUAGAAAAACAAGUGCGAAUGUCACCGCAAGAGAAUCAAACGCAUCAGAAUAAUAACGUGUUAAUAAAAGCAGAAAUAGCGACGGAUCAAAAUCAGAGGACACUAAAAUCAGAAGUUGUGGACUCUAGUAGUAUUAAUUCGCCAAAUGAAAAUGUACAGCAGAAUUACGCAACUGUCCAUCAGGGUACGCCAGAGGUGUUCCUCAGCUUGGGAUUUAAAGAAGCCGGACUUAAUCCUAAUGCCCAGCAAUCGAGUGACGAAACCAAGGACUUCAGAGAUUAUAUUAAAAGUUCAACAGACGAUGCACUGUCGCGUAAUUCUAUCGGACAGAUAUCAGAAUUUCUUCGAAUUCGUUCGUGUCCCGAGCCGACGACAUUGAUUACCGUUAAUCCCCAAGUUAUCUGUCAGACUACCCGAGGCUUGGCGUGCCGGGAGUGUGGAAAAACAUUCGACUCUGACAGUCAAAUGAACAACCACCAGUGCCCCAAUUCUCCGAUAAUAAGUGACAUUACGGACAUCAGCAAGGAGGAUUCCGUUCAGAAUAACGCCAACUUGGCGACAUUUAAUUGCGACAUUUGCAGCAAGCCUUUCAAAAGGAAAGAACACUUGUUCCAGCAUCGGAAGCUUCAUACUGGGGAGAGACCUUACGUUUGUACGACCUGUACCAAAGCUUUCAGCCGCAAGGAACACCUGGUGAGGCACUCAGUCUCUCAUACUGGGCAAAAAAUGCAUGAUUGUGAAAUGUGUGGCAAAAGCUUCUCGCGCAAAGAUAAUCUGCACAAGCACCGGAAAACUCACGGGGUAGCUGGUCCUUAUAUUUGUGAGACUUGUGGCAAGUCUUUCGUCGUCAAGCAUUACUACCUGGUCCAUCUGGGGACUCACGCGCCCCUCGACGGGGACAAUUGCCCGGAUCCGCUACCGUACAAGUGUGAUCAAUGUCACAAGGCCUUCUCGGUCAAGCAGUAUCUUACAACUCACAAAUCCCGGCAUAGAAAGAAUGCUAAUGCUAAUGCUAAUAAUCCCGGUGGUUUGUCAAACUCUCAAGCUCAAACUCCCCAGCAAGUACCAACAGUUCAAAAUAAUGGGAUAAGUGUCCCCAGUAAUGGGGUUACGAAUACUAACGGGCAACCUAAUGACAACGUCGCUGAAAUUCACAGCGUUAUUGAGAGAAAUGACUCCCAGACUAGGCAGCAGCAACAUGGAUCAUUUGAUAACAAUCAAUAUCACGGUAAUGUUCAACAGUUUCAAUGAGAUAAAGAUAAGCGUGUGUACUACGUACUCUUACCUAAUGGCAAUAAUCACAAAAUUGUGCUUGUUUAAGUUUGGUAUUUUUCAAGGUUCUUGCUUAGACUUUACUAUUUUUUUUUUCAUUUGAUAAAUUAAGUCAAACGUUGAAUUGAAAAAUUAUUUAAUUAGUUAUUUUGAAGGAAAAUUAAUUGCAAUUAUUUUUUGAAUGAAAUUAGGAAAAAGUUCAAUUUAAAUUUUUUUCUGAAGAAAAUUAAUAAAAGAAAUUAGGAACAACGGUUGACCUUACAGGCCAUCUCUGUAACUUCCCGCUAAUAAUAUACUUAAGCGCUCAAAAUUAGACAUUACGUUUUUGAGCUGUUCGAGAAAAACCGCUAGAACUUUUGAACGAAUUAACCGAUUUCGACGGGAUUGGCUAACGUUAAGAGCUGUUUAGUUUUUAAAAUUUAUAUGUAAAGCCGUUUAAAAGUAAUUCCAAAAAAACAUCAUUUAAAAAAUUUUUUUUCGUAGUUCUUUUUUUCAAUUUUCCAAAUUUUAAGUAAUUGCUCCUGAACUUGUAACAACUUCUGAAGUUGUUUUUGAUGAUGGUUCUUUAGUUGUUGAUAGUGGUGAUAGAUUUAUUGGUUUUGUUGGACGUUGAUUUAAAGGAUGAAAAGAUUCAGUUGGUUUUGGUGGUCGUUGACUUGAAGGUUGAGGCUGGGGAGAGUCAGUUAAUUUUGGAGGGUAAGGAUGAAGAUGAGGGUGUGGUUUUUCAAACUGAUAAAUUAAUACAAUCUAAAACUUGAUAUCGGGAAACAGUAUUUUUAAUUUGACAUUGAUGGUGAUAACAUAAUAGUGUGAUAGAAAAUUACGGAACGGCGUUUUGGAUAAAUUAAAAAAUUUGUUUAUCUAUUUAGAUUCUUUUAUUGAUGAUUUAUGGACAGAGUCAAGAAUUCUGGUAUUUUUUUUGUUAGUAUAUACAAGAAUAUACAAAUAGUGAUUAUAUUUUAUGUAUAGAAAAAUUAAAAUUGUAGAAAACAUUUUUAUAAUU